AUGUCUUCAGCACUGCCAGACGAGCAGCUCCAGGAGGCGGCAGCGGAGCUGGCAAGGUUCUCGGCGUACAUGCAACCCUCCCCGGUGGCCACUCCAUCCUCGACGGCACCAUCGACGAGGGCAGGGGAGACGGCGAAUCUCUUGGACAUGGAGCUGGACGAAAGGCCCAAACGCAACUCCCCGAGCAAAGCCGAAGCCCCGACGCGCGAGCUGGAGACACAGCAGUUGGGAACGCCGCAAAAGUUCCUCAAGGCCGAGGGCAAAGGCGACAACAAGGGCGAGGGCAACUUCACCCAGAACACAGCCGAGGCAGCCGAGGCAGCGGAGGCCGAGACGGACACCCACCCGAAGCCGGCGGAGGAGAACAAGACCGAACCUCCGGGACCCGGCGGCAAAGGGCGCUCGCAGGAGCGCCAGUGGCCGGCCAGACAGGAUGGUCGGCGCCAGCAGGAGGAGCCGAGCCAGAGCUCAAAGGACCAGCAGCGAGGAGGCUGGAACUGGGGGCGCCAGCCGUACCAAUGGCCCAACCGCUCCGACAGAAGGGGCGGCUACCAGCGCAACGAGGACAGCGAGAAGGAAGCGGCCCUCCGAAAGGAAAUCAAGGAGCUCAAGAACAUCAUCAGAGCUAUGGGCAGGCUCACCCUGAGGAUCGAGGACCGAGCUGCCGUGGACAUGUUGGACAAGGAGUUUUUCCUCUUCCUUCAGAUUGAGAGGGAGGCCAGCGGCAACGAGUGGAGCGUGACCAAGCGGUUGUGGACCGUGGCGACAGAGUGGAACCGGCUACGGGAGACCUCCCCAGAGGUGACGGAGAUCGAGACGAACUCCCAGCUGUUGCAGCAGGCCAAGGAUCGUGGCCUGAUGCAGGACGAAAGCUAUUGCUAUCUUCGUUGGGAUCAUCAGGAACGCCGCCAUCUUCAAGCACCUCAACAGCCGCUCGAACACCAGACGCUCCAGCAGUGCAUUCAGCUGAUGUUGCGGCUCAUCGUGUUCCCGAACACGGUGGGCAACUUCCACCCAGUUCGCAAGAUGACGGCCGGGUUGAGCUCCGAAGUGCUGCCCUUCGUUUUGGUUAUUCAGAACCGCAACCAGGAGGCACAGCAGCUCUAUCAGUGCUGCCAGAGAUUGUCGAGGAACUCCAGCCUUCACCUGGUGGGAGCAACGAUGAGGCCGGCGAAACUGGGCCGGUCACCGGCCGCAAUCGCCUUGGACAAGAUGCUGCAAGAUCUUUGA